AUGGAAUCACAAAGUCUCUCAACUCCAAGUCCUAUGUCUUCUCCCAAGACCGCCCCAAACAACAGUAUGUCGCAAAAUGGCGCACCCUCAACUCCACCGAAUACACGCAUGCUAUCUCCACCGAGAGCUCCACGGCAACGCCGAUUUCUUCGACCAGAAGUAACCCCUCAAACAAGCAAAUCCUUUAGAACUCAAUACAACUUUGACGAUAGAUUGGAUAGUGAACUGCACAACUCAACACCAAGCCGCAGAAAUUACAGAAGAAACUCACGUUCCCGGUCACCCCCAAGAGAUCUUGGGCGUGCAUACCGAAGCCGAUCGCCACCAAGGGACCAUCUGUUUGGCAGACUAUCGGCGGGAGAAGCACUAUUAGGACCUCUACUACCCAACGCCGUUUAUCAAAGUACUGGUAUGGACAAUAACUUACAGUCCUCUGGGUCAUAUGACAUAAAUAAGCGAUUCCGGAGAAUGCUCUCCCUCGCAGAAACCGAGCAUAAGGAGAAAGCUUCUGAGAAUAAAUCAUCUAGAAUAUCAAGCAACAAGACUACUGAGAAGAAAUCCAAAGAAAUUGAUUCAGGAAAUUUCGGAAACUCUUCCAAGGCUUUCAGUGACAUGGAGCAAAGAUUCUUCUCUAAGAAGUCGUCAAAGUAA